CGGGAUGGAACCCACGACCUCCCGUAUACCACGAGAGGUAGUCAACAUCUCGCCGUGUUUGCCUGCAGGCUCCUCCGUGCCGCCGGCCUCCGCCCAGGCUGUGGCGGUGUCGCGCAGCGCUCGCUCUCGCUACGGCCUGCGCCCGCGCGAGAGGAAAGUCUACACAGAGGUGGAGGAGCCCCAGGACGACGACUUCUUCUUGCCACUGCUGCUGCUGCUGUUGCUACUGCGGUUCGCCCUCCUCCUGCUGCUGCUGCUGUGGCUCUCAGUCUGCGAGCUGUGCAGGGAUUUCUACCUGGGGGAGUGCUCCGUGCACGGCCCGCCAGAGUUCAUUGCAGACGCGGCCGUGGCCCCGGGAGUGGCCAACAGGGCCCGGCUCAGCCUGCCCCAGGGCCUCACCGUCGGCGCCUCCUCCAUCGCCGGCGCCGGCCUCGGGGUGUGGAGCAACAGGAAGAAGCUGCCCAAGGGGGUGAUUUUUGGGCCCUACCAGGGAGAGGUGUCUGAGGAGAACCCCGUGAGCGAGUACUGCUGGCUGAUUUACAAAAAACAAAAAGGAUCGUUCGUCAACUGCGCGAGGAAUGAGCAGGAGCAGAACUGGUGGGCCUUCCAGCACCGAGGGCAGAUUUACUACCGCACAUUCCGUGCCGUGGGGCCCGGCUCUGAGCUGCUGGUCUGGUACGGCGAGGAGUUCGCCCAGGAGCUGGCAUCGCCUGCGAGGCCGGGCCCUCGCGACGCCGCAGCAGCAGCAGCAGCGAGAUGCUCCUAG